AUGCCAUCAUCUACGAAAAUUGGUACAAUUCUUGUGGUUGUGGUUGUGGGUACCGUCUGUGGUCUCGCGGGCCUUUAUUACUGGGGGAAUCGAGGAAAGGGAUGGUCCGGUUCUAGCAAGCACACUUCACGCCAUUCUAGUAGAGCUCACCCCUUAGUUCCUCCACCUAUAGUCCCCCCUUAUCGUAAAGGAACAUUUGGGGCCCGAGCUGGCCAUAUUUCGCAUGGAGUGUCUUCACCUGCUGUACGCAAGACUAGUGGAAGACAAGCUACCCCGCCAGAAGGUCGACAGUCCCCGCAGUCAUCUCAACAUGAUCGUCCUCUCCAACCGCCUCAGACUAAUCUUAACGCUCCUCAGCCUAUCCAACAGCAGCCUGUCAAACCACAGCAGCCUCCCCAGCCGCAUCCGGUUCAACCUCAACCUCCCCUUAGAAUCAUCAUCCCACCCCCUGUUGCAGGAGGACUUUACGGCUUGAAAGGUGUAUUCCCACAACCGAAGCGAGGAGGGAGAAGUCCUUGA